AUGAAACUCCACAACCCCAUGAUUGGUAGUAAAUUAGCUACAUUAAUCUUCAAGAGGACUUUAUUUGCCGAGAGGCAGUUUGUGGUAAAGAACCCGAAGCCCUCCAGGAAGUAUAUUGGCUACGGUAUCUUUGGUGCUGCGUUUGGCCUGGGUUGGUUUGCGACACAGCACAUGUCGUAUAGUGAUGUGAUAGCAUCCUGUAUGUUCGAUAAGUUACCAGCAGAUGAUGAGAAGGUUAAGAAUUAUCAGGCCAUGUUGUUGCAUCGUGCCAAUAACUUGCCAAUUACAAAGCAGCUGGUUGAAAACGGCUAUAUUCAAGUAUACCCGGAAACAACAGACAUCCUGCUUAACAAAACAUUGAGAGUUCCUGGUGGAAUAUCUAUCGACCCACUCUACUUCUAUAAUCCGAAGUUAAAAUCAACAGUUGGUGUUUAUCAUGUGGGUAUGAAGUUAACGGGCUACCCAUUUCUAAUCCACGGGGGUAUUUUGGCAACUUUGUUAAGUGAUAUAAUGAAGGAAGCCGUUAAAUUUACCUUUUCAUCAAAUGCUCAAAUGAUGGAUAAUUUGGACGUUGCCUACAAGUUCCCAACGUUUGCAAACCAGUUUGUUAUUGUAAGAACUACGGAAAUAGAGCAACAUGGCAAAACUGUCAAACUGAAAUCAACAAUUUUAGAUCAAAGCGGCGAGCGUACCUUGGUAAACGGCAAGGGAGCUUUCUCUCUGAAAUAA